AUGGAGGCAACUGGCACACAUUUGUUUUCUAGGACUACUCAAGGAUUUGGAAACCUUACUGGAUGGACAGGAGACGAUGUUUCUGGCAGCCCAAAAGAUGGGCAAGGCAAGGAUAAGUUGCAGGGGCUUGUCAUGUCAUUUCUAGUGAUUCUGGUGUCUGAAAUAGGGGACAAGACAUUCUUGAUAGCAGCAGUGCUGGCUAUGCGGAAUCCAAGACUACUGAUUUUCUCUGCAGCCAUGUCAGCACUUUUUCUAAUGACGGUUAUAUCUGCACUUCUUGGCCAGAUUUUACCUAGUCUUUUAUCAAAACAGUAUACACAGAUUCUUGCAGCCAUUCUUUUUAUUAUUUUUGGUUUCCGAUUACUCCAUGAGGGAUACUACAUGUCUGGUAAUGAGGUGACGGAAGAAUUGGAGGAAGUCACACAAGAGCUUACAGGAUCCACACAUAAAGAAAAGCAAGAGGAUUUAGAAGCAGGAUCCGAGUCAUUUGCCACAGAAACGGGAAGCGAGUCUAUACCCAUGGUUACAACCACGACACAAUCAGAUGAAUCUGAUAAAGCCGUAAAACAGCUGAAUCAUCCACUUGGUGUUUUGUGGCACGGAGUAACUAGAGUUACCAGAUCUUGGGCGUCUGUAUUGUUUUCACCCAUAUGGAUUCAAGCGUUUGCAUUAACAUUUGUAGCAGAAUGGGGAGAUAGAAGCCAGCUUGCAACUGUUGCGCUGGCAGGAGCAGAGGAUUUCUGGUGGGUUACGAUUGGUGGUCUUCUUGGCCAUGCGAUCUGUUCAUGUGUAGCAGUGAUUGGCGGUAGAAUGCUUGCAGCACGAAUCUCAGUCAAGACAGUAACGAUGAUUGGAGCAUUGCUGUUUAUAGCGUGUGGUGUAGUUGGACUCUAUGAGUUUGUGGUUGAGAAUUACUCGGAAUAG